CAACAUUUAUAACACAUAAUCUACUUGCAGAGAUUAGCGUGGGCCCUGAAUUUGUGUUUUACGGUCAUAUAAAUUCAAGUGGUACUCACUGCAGAGCCACUUGGGCGUAAAUCGACGAUGAUGCACAACCAAACCGGAGGGUGGCGCUGCAUCCACAUAAUAUGUGGAGUGACACACACGAAGAAAUUCACACAUGCAUCUUCCGUAGUGUAAACUAUUAUGAUGGUACGGUUUUAAAAGAAGAGCAAUAUAAAUCCAGUGGGAGUACAAGAAGCUGAAGAAAUGGAACACAAAACCAGAAAAGACAUCAUUCACAGAUUCCAAGUAAACUUCCUCGCGAUGAGUCUUUUAAAUACAUUUCCAUGGGAUCAUUUAGACGAAGAAAUUAGAAAUUCAAAUACUUCAGACAUUAUAGAAGACAUCCUUCAUAAGACAUGCUUGCAUCCCAUUUGUGUCAAGAAUCCUCCCUCUUUAAAAUACAGAAGACGUUUCCUGACGGAACUGAUUAAAAGGCAAGAAAAGCUCUCUGCUGAACCUCUGGAUAUACUGUAUGAGGCUCUCGGUGAGGUCAUGUGUGCUCAGGAGGAGGACUUGUGCUUCAAAACCUACUUACUACCAACAGGAGAUGCUGUUAGUCUAGCAGAGAAUGUGGCCCUCAUCUCUCAGGGCACCACAGGUCUGGUCACCUGGGAAGCUGCCCUUUACCUUGCUGAAUGGACUCUGGAAAAUGCACACAUCUUCAAAAACAACCUAACCAAAUACAUCUUCAGCGACUGCCAUCAAACUGUGCUCCAGAGGCUGAAGGACAACAUCACAAACUGCUUAGCUAACUGUGACGGCGUCAGUGUGGAGGAACUGGACUGGGAAAACGUGUCAGAUGAGCAGCUGCAAAGAAUACAGGCCAACACAAUCAUCGCUGCAGAUGUGGUGUAUGAUCCUGAUAUAAUUGCGUGUUUGGUGAGACUUCUGAGCCGACUUCUGAACUGUAAGGUUGAAGAAAACCAUCCUGAUGUUUACGUUGCAUCUACUGUACGCAACCCACAGACAUACGAGUGCUUUAAGAAAGAAUUAGAAAGGGCUGGACUGAGACAUGUCAUCAUGAAAGAUUCUGUUACUCAAGUGUUUCCAUACAACCGAGCCUCCACUAUAGAAAUGAUCAAAAUAUAUGUAUGACAAAAUCAAUUCCUUUGUAAUAAAGUAUUUAUUUACAUAA